UUGCAUAAUUGCAACCAAUUGGUUUAAAAAAAAAUUUUUUUUUUGUCUUCUCAACAAUUUAAACUCAAAUCAAAUCAAAAAAUCAAUUAAAAGUUAAAAAUCUACAAAAAAAAAAUGAGCCUUUGUCACGUCGAUCAUUAUCCGUAUUCGUGUGACGAUGAUGCAUUACAUCAUGUUCAUCAUCAUCAUCAUUAUCCACAUCAUAAUUGGUGUAAUGCAUGGUUUCAUAAUUCAUGUUUAACUGGUCAAGUAUCAAUUACAAAAGAGGAUGGUUUUGAAUUACAAAUCGAUGUACGUCAUUUUAAAUAUGAUGAAUUAAAAGUAAAAACAAUUGGUGAUUGGAUUAUUGUUGAAGGUAAACAAUCAAAUGAAAAAGAUUUACCAGUUUGUAUAACAAGACAUUUCUCUAGAAAAUAUAAAUUACCAAGAUAUUAUGAUUCAAAUUUAAUAAGUUCAAAUUUAUCAUCUGAUGGUAUAUUAAUAGUAAAAGUUCCACCACCAGUUAAAGAACCAGAUAAUGAAGAAAAAAUUAUACAUAUUGAAAAAUCUGGACCAUAUUUUAAAAGUGGCAACAAAACAAAUGAUAAUAAUAAUAAAAAUAAUAAUAAUGAAAAAGAAAAUAAUAACAAAAGUCCAACAAAAAAAGGUGCUGCUACUACUGCUGGUGAUCAAAAACCUUCUUCUAAUAUUCCAAAUGAAAAUCCUGGCCCAAGUACCAGUAAUGUUGGUGGUGAUGGUGGUGACGGUACUAGUGGUGUAAAAAUUGAAGAAUUGAAUUCAAAUGAUGAUAAAAUGAAUAAUGAUAAUGAUAAAAUCUAACAUAGGAAAAUUUAUUGGAUAUUUUUGAAUGUUGAAAAUCUACAAAAUGAAUAUAAAAAGAAGAAAAAAUGGAGGAAAUUAUUACAGAUUAUUUCCAAUAAAUUUAAAAAAAUAUUUCAAUAAAUAUUAUUUUGUAUAGUUAAAGAAAAAAAAAAGGGGGUGGUGAAGAGAAAGAAUAGGGGCUGGGGAUGAGGACAUGUUAUUCUUACUACAAAGAGAAAAUAUAUUUUUGUGCUCCAAUGUGGAUGAGCACCGGAUUGCUUAGUAAUUUUUCAUAAAAAAAAAUUUUCUUUUCAAUAAAAUAUAACUUGAAUUUUUCAAUAUUAAUAUAACAGUAGUAAAAGUUUCAUUUUCUUCUCUCUCUGAAUCCCUGACUUUCUAUUCAAAUUUAUAACAAAUGAAUAAAAUCAUUGAAAACACUCAGUUUAAGAAAAGGAAAACAAAAUUUAAUUUUAUUAUAAAUGAAAAUUUAUUUGAAAUUUAUCACAAAAAAAACUCUAAACACACUUAAUAUUAUUUGUAAGCGCCUUUGGAACAGAGAAACUUAUUACUAUUUAUAUUGGGAAAAAAAUUUCAGGAUUAGAAUAAAAAAAUUUUUCAUUUGAUCCCUAAAAGCUA